CUAUUUAAAGGGCUCCGGGGGCAGACGAGCCCCGCUCAGCGCCCUACAGGAUGUUGCCAGUUACCAGCAAGCGGGAGCCCCGCGCUCCCUUCAAGCAGCGGAAAUGCUUCGCUACCAGGAAACGCGAAGUGGCCGCGGUCCGCUCCAAGUUCCCCAGCAAACUCCCGGUGAUCCUGGAGCGGUACCCCAAGGAGAAGGUUCUGCCAGCAUUGGAUAGGACCAAGUUCCUGGUCCCUCAGGAGCUGACAAUGGGGCAGUUUGUGACCAUUAUUCGGAACAGGAUGGCCCUCAGCUCCACCCAGUCGUUCUACUUGCUGGUGGAUGGUAGCCGGAGCCUGGUCAGCAUGUCGCUCACCAUGGCUGAAGUGUACACACUAAACCAAGAUGAGGACGGGUUCCUCUACAUGACCUACGCCUCCCAGGAGAUGUUUGGUUAAGGCUACUGGUUGCCUCGGACCCCUGCUCUUCUGAGAGGACCCAUUGUUGCCCAUUUAAAUGUUGCUGCUUGGUAAAUGGUGUCAUCCCACCCCCUCUAGUCAGAGUAGGAAUGAUAUUCCUACCUGGCCAGUGGGGCAUCUACCCUGGUGUGGUGAGACACCAAGGAACCUGCCCAUUUCCUCCCUUCCCCAAGUGGGUGACUGGAUAGACUUGCUCCAAAAGGAAAGAUCUGACUCCAGACUGAGGGCCCCCCCUUUAGCCCAGUGCAAGUACCUUUACCUUGUCAUGCAGUGCCCAUGGGAUGGCCCUUUCAGUGUUGUGGGGGAUAGUCACACCUGCCAGCCUCUUGCACUGGUGCCAGUGUGAUUCCCCCCACUGUGAGACCAAUAGGACCCCACUGCUCAAGGGCUAAUGUUAUAGGACACUGCUUGGUGCUGGCUCAGAGUUCCCGCUGUACCACCUGGGGCUGGUAAAGCCCAGCCUGUUCCUUCUGACCUUGGGAUAGAACUCACAUGGUGGUAGCUUUUGGAAUAAAAGGAAGUAAACUUAUCUUCCAGCAGCUUUCCUAGCCCCACUGCUGACCACUGGAGACCCUUGUCCUCCCUGAACAGGGGUGAACCUCCUCCUCAAGGGCAGCCCUAGCUGUGGGGUAGACUGGUUCUCUUGUAAGGGAGGUUGAGUUGUGCAGGAGGGAAGGUAAUCCUGCACAUGGAAUAAGCACUGUCUGGCCUUUAGAUGGCACGUAUUCCCUUUAGAAGCAUACCCUGUAACUACUAUUAACCCUGUUAAACAUGUUUCUGUAAAUGCUUGUCUGUGUGAAAUGGGACUGGCAAUCCAAUCCAGCAUAGCCAAGCCACUGCAGUUCCUGAGAGUAAUGACUACACUGAGAGCUCUCCUGCCAGGUGCAAGCAGCUCAUGAUGCUACCAGUCAGUAGAGAGGCCUGAGGCGAGUGCACCAGUUACAGCUGUAUUUAGAGCACAUGGUCCCUUGGGCCUGUUAUCUUGGUGCAAAUAACCUGUCCUGGAUGGGAGGUUCUGUGCUGUGGUGACCCUGUCCUGGACCCACAACUACUUAGCAGGCCUCAGUCUGAGGGUUGUUUAGCUGGUGCUGUGUGCUUUCCUCUCCAGUGCUGCUGGGUUGGUAAAAGCUCCUGGAGACCCUGCUGGAAGCCUGUCUUAAUUUCAGACUGAUCAGAGGCUGCUUUCUGCUGGUGGCUGUCACUGAUUCAGAAGUGGGCAAAGGAAAGCUGGGUUAGAAAGGCCUGUGUUAUCUAAGCACCCAAGGCUCCUAAUGGUGUAGAGCAGGACGGGGCUGAGAUAGCAGCUAGCGUCUUUCCUGCUCCCUACAACAUGUGUGCAUGUACCAGGGCCUCUCCUCCUAUUGCUGCUGGGAAGAUUGAUUCAUUGCAGGGAGGGGAAGCUGUUAUCAUGUUCUGGGAUAAUGCCUGAGGAGGCUGGAGCAUCCACUAAAUAGGCAGUUCCUGUUCUGUACCCUGCUCUGGAGUCCCAGUCUGAUUCCAGGGACUCCUACACCAGACAGAUGUAAA